CUGUUCGCACCGAUAUCGAGUCUCUUUUAUAUAGCCGGGAGCUGUUGGUCUGUGGCUCAUCUGGUGCGGCGAUUGAUCGAUUUGAAACUCGUGCGUUUUCGAAAACAAGUGUGUUUACGGUUUCGAGUAGAAACACAACAAAAGAUCGAGUAUACGCGUACUACAUCACGAAAACGAAAACCAAUUGCAACUAUUUUCGCGGGAAAUUCCGUAGAGCUUGUAUUUUAUUGUAUAUAGCCUAGUGACGCAUCGGAAAUAAAUUAUAUUUUUAUUUGCUUAAAUGCGAGAUCGUCAUUUGGGCAAAAUGCCGCGUGGUGGAACAACAACAGCGCGCUAUGAGGAGGACCCGGACAAUGCCUGGAACUGUUGCUCCUGGUGCGAGUAUUUACUCAUCGUUAUACUGUCCACCAUACUGCUGGUGGGGGUGUUGAUCCUCACGCUUUUCUGGGUGAUGUUCUAUCGUGGCGGAUUCGCCUGGUCCGAGAGUCCCGCACACCAAUUCAACUUGCAUCCCAUUUUAAUGGUGGCAGGUUUCAUAACACUCUCGGGAUUUUCCAUCUUGAUCUACCGCCUCUGUCGCUGCAUGAAGCACAUCUAUGUGAAGCUGAUCCACAUGUUCUUUCACGCCGUUGCCAUACCCUGCGUGGCCCUCGGAUUCCUCUCCGUCUUCGACUCGCACAAUGCAUUGCAAAAGCCGAGUUUCUACAGCCUACACUCUUGGCUGGGCUUCGUGACAAUGGGCAUGUUUGUGUUACAAUUUGUAAUCGGCUUCUUCAGUUUUCUUGUGAUGCUCUGCUGUGAGAACAAGACCUAUAGCUGCCGAGCUGCCAUGGUGCCCGUUCACGCCAGUCUAGGAUUGGCCAAUUUCUGGCUGGCUGUUGCCACAGCUGUGACCGGACUGAUCGAGAAGGAGCGCGAGACUGCCAAAGACGAGACGUUAAGCUCCGAAAAUAGGCUCAUCGAGCACUACAUAACGAGCGCCAUUGGCAUUACCUUGGUGCUGAUUGGCAUAAUUGUGACCUUUGCCGUGCGAAGGUCGAAUGCUCCCGCCUCGGCUAAAGUCUACGUUACCGAGCGCAUUUAAGGGUCAUCAGUUCGCCCCCAGCCACGUCCACAGCCAGUGAUGCGAAUGCGUUCCCAUCUCCUACUACUACUACUACUACUACCACAAACCUAACCCAAAUCUAUAUGGUUAGCGUAUUGUUCGCUACACAACAGACUUGCACUAAGCAAUACAUGAAACCAAUGAGGAUAACAUAUAAUGAAAAAACUAGAUAAAGCAAUGCCUCCCAUGCAUUUUCCACUCUUAAUAUUGUAUACAUACAUAAUUACAUACUUUUCCCCGUGCUAGCAUUAUGAACUUUAAUAUGCCAAAUCAAAAAACCUUUAUAAACCUUUUUAGCUAAAUCAGAUUUCAUGGCAAAUCCAAAUCAGCUUUAUCAACAAGACGCCAAUUUAAAUUUCUAAGUAGAUUGUAGCUAAAGGAAUCUCAAAACACAGACUUACAGUGCUGUAGACCACCAAUACGACCAUUAGUUCUGCAAUAUAAAGAAUCUUUAAAAGUGGACUUAUUAUGAACCACAGGACCGCCCAGCCCGACCAAUUAUGAGAGAAUCAAAAUUUAAAUGUUCAGCUGAAUACACGGCCACUUUUUUUGAUAUUGUAGUAGAAGGAUUUUUAUAUAAAUCUAUAUAUACACCUGGUACCAUUCUAUAUACAUAAAUAUACAUACUUCAUAGAGUACACGUA